AUGACAAUGGCUUCAUUACGGAGCUCGCAAGCUUCUUCCAUCCUCCAGAACACCACAUCGAGACUCUCCAGAUGCUCGAGAAGGCCUUUCUCCUCGACCCAAUUCAGAAGCGGCUAUGAAGACACUGUUCAGAAUCUGAGGAUAGGAAAGCACACGCGUGUCAUCUAUCAGGGUUUCACUGGACGUGUAGCCACUGGGAAUGCGAAAGACAGCAUAGCUUAUGGCACCAACGUGGUUGGAGGAGUCACGCCUGGCAAGGAGGGAGAACACAUCGGCUUGCCACUGCUUCCAGAUCUGAAGAAGGCCAAGGAGCAACUCAAGCCUGAUGCUACUGCUGUCUUUGUGGCGGCACCGCACUGUGGUGCUGCGAUAGAGGAAGCUAUAGAAGCCGAGAUUCCUUUGAUCGUAUCUGUGGCCGAGCACAUUCCGCUUCACGACAUCAUGAGAGUCGCGAGUAUCUUGAAAACACAGUCAAAAUCUAGGUUGGUGGGUGCAAAUGCACCCGGCAUCAUUGCUCCAAUUGGCUUCUGUCGAAUCGGGUUUCAGCCUCUUCCUACCUUUGCUCCUGGUCACAUUGGCAUUGCUGCGAAGUCAGGGACCCUCUCGUACGAAGCUGUGGCAUCCAUCACCCGUUCCGGACUUGGUCAGAGUCUGUGCAUUGGCAUGGGAGGCGACAUCAUUGCCGGUACCAACCUCGUCGACUCUCUGAAGGUUUUCGAGGCAGAUCCAGAAACAGAAGGCAUUGUUUUGAUCGGUGAGGUUGGCGGCAAAGCAGAAGAGGAUGCUGCGGAUUGGAUCAAGGACUACCUCAAGCGCACAAGAAACCCAAAGCCAAUCGCCGCGUUGGUUGGCGGAAAGAACGCUCGACAAACCACUAUCAUGGGUCACGCUGGUGCUUGGGCAGCCCGUGGCGAGCACAACUCCAAUGAGAAAUACAGCAUCCUGCAGGAGGCUGGAGCCACCAUGGUCGAUCACCCCGAGAAGUUUGGUGGUGUUAUGAAGACUCUGCUGGAGCAAUCUGGUCGGGAUGUCAGUAAGAUCCAAGCCAACGUCCAGCAACAGCAGAAGCGUGGCUACCACACCUUUCGCAGAAGUCCAGCGAUGUCUGGGGCGACAUAUGGACCAAAACUCCAGCCUCGGGUUAACGCUGGCUCGAGAGAACAGCAACGAGGACUUUUCAUCGCACCAGAGCUAGUGCCAGUUCCACUUCACCCAUACCUCAGCAAGGUGACAGGUCUCGCAAUUGCGCUUGACGAAGCACCCAAAGACGGCUACUACCUGGGCAUCCUUGUCGACCGUACCGAGCGCUCACCUUGCAUAGCAGUCGCGCCAACUGCCGAUCCUUCCGCUAUUGAUGCCCGCGUCAAAAAGUUCCCAUACGACUGGCGGGAAGGUCCUUCCGAGUCGCUCAUUAGCCAAGCCAUCCAGUACCUGCAACUCGACUCGGCCCCACAGAGCGCAAAACAGCAAGCACACGGCCUUAUCGCCAGCCUGGUGAAGAUGUACAAAGAGAAGGAAGCUAUCAUCCUGUCCGGCUGCGUAAGCAUCGGGGGUUCUGGAAACUUGAAGCUUCAUCAGCCCAGCAUUACACUCAUGUUCGAUGAUGCCGCGUAUCGCAGCAAGAAACGCCAGGAAGACAUCCACCGCCUUCGACAAAAGGACCGAGAAGUUCCUGAGGAGGUAGAGGCAGAGAAGGAUGGCAUCGUCUACGUCAAGUACGAUGAUCCACAAGCAAACAUUGGCACACUCGUCAACGGCGCUGGCCUUGCAAUGAACACAAUCGAUGCGCUAAAGCUUCACGGUGGGCGUCCGGUCAACUUCUUGGACACUGGAGGCAAGGCGACUUCGGAGACAGUCAAGAAAAGCUUCGAGCUCAUCCUGCAGGACCCAAGAGUCAAGGUCAUCUUUGUCAACAUCUUCGGUGGCCUAACAGAUGGUGGUAUGAUUGCGGAAGGAAUUCUGCUGGCGUUCAAAGAGGUCGACAUGAAGAAUGUGCCUGUUGUGGUGCGGAUACGUGGUACCAACGAGGAGGUGGGGCAGAAGAAGAUUGCUGAGAGCGAUCUUGGGUUGGAUGCCUUCGACGACUUUGAGAGUGCCGCGAAGCGUGUCAUGGAGAUCGCGGAGAAGUAG